AUGGCGCGUACACAGCGAGGCCCCAAUACCAGGGCGCGCGAUGUUGACUUCUCCAAUGUCGGCAAGACUGGGAGACGCACCGGUCUCACGCUACCCCAGCAGAAACUCGACGAGCAUGGCCUUGAGGAGAUGUCCAACCUGUUCUCGUCACCCAAAAAACCAUCCCCGUUGAAGCAAAUGUUCACCGCGGAGGAUGUCGCAACUGAAGGCUCCGGCAUUACUCCAAGCCAAGUACUAUCAACGCGCAGAAGUAUACGCGCUUCGCUUCCUCGGUCUGCUUCACCACGAAAGUCCGGUAUCAGCGGUACCGCCCGACGGAGUGGCGCUUCGUUGCGCACGAUCAACCGAGAUUUAGAAGACGAAGUGGACGAAGACGACGCAGACGACGAGGCGCCCAUCUCAAGCCCCAGCAGAGCGAAUCACGCAGCACGUAGGAUGUCAAGCGCUACUCGUGAUGCCUCUCCGCUACGCGACAUCACUACCCGUAAUGCUCCCACCACAGCUUCCAGGAGGACGCAGGAAAAGCGUUCCGCGGAUGGGUACUCAGUUAUGACCUCUAUCGAGAACGAGUACCAAGCGUCCGAGCCUGAGGACAGGGACGAGGACGAGGCAGAGCCACAAUUCGAAGACGCACAGCCGUUCAUGGACGAUGCUGCUGGCGAGAUAGAUGACUACAAUGGCGAAGCCGAGCAAGAAGAAGAGGCCGAUUUGGAUAUUGAAAGCGUUGAGCCACCGCAGCAGAUCGAUGACGAGGAAGUCGACCAGACAUUCACGCCCCAUGAUGGAAAAGGCAAGACUACAGCAAACUCGCGACGUAAGCGCAAAUCUGACGGUGAAUCCUCCGCACCUCCCGCAAGCAAGAAGGCGCGGAAAGACAGUGGUAAAAAGUUGGUCCGGCAGACUAGGAAUUCAGACGCAGCGGAGCAGUCUGCAAUGCCACCUCCGAAGCCCCAGAACCGCCAUCCCCUCAAGAAGAAGGACAGCAAUUCUCAGAUGUCGAAGCGUCAAGCAAAGGAGCUUGAUGAUAUUGUCGAGAAGGUCCGAGCGCGACCAAACCCGCCACGCUCGCUAUACGUUUUGCGAAAAGAGACGCCCGCGGACGAUAGCGUUACUCUCACUCGCAGUGGCCGCAUGAGUGUCAAGCCUCUUGCCUACUGGCGCAACGAGCGCUGCGUCUGGGGUGGCAGCCCUAACACCGAGCUCAAAGAAGGCACUCGUUUCCCUCUCAACAGCAUAAAGGAAAUCAUCCGCACGGACGAGCACCUGUCUCCCCUUCCCAAGAAGUACAAGGGUCGCAAAGGGAAGAAGAAAGGCAAGAAGGGAACUUCCGCGGACCUCGAUUCUGAUGUCGAAUCAGAUCUCAACGACGACCAGACGGAACCAUGGGAAACCGAUUCAGGCACCAUCCGCGGUAUCGUUUCCGAAUGGGACAGCGAGCAAGGUGCGCCUCUCAACAUCGAACAAGAGAUCGACAUCGCGCAUUCAAGUCAGGCGAUCCAGACUUACGUGCCUGCUGCUAAGAGCGGUAAGGAGCCUCCACUGUUCCGUUACAGCAAGCUGUUCAGCAACGAGUUCAUGAGCGUAGGGCUUGUGGAUCUGCCACCGGGGGGCAUCAAAAAGCCCAAGAAUGCACAGAAGAUGCAGAUGACGUUCUACGUGGUGAAAGGGCGAGUCACAGCCAGUGUUGGCCCGGUACUGGGCGAGUUGACCACGUUCAGCAUUGGUAAAGGUGGUUUCUGGCAGGUGCCGAGAGGUAAUCAGUAUGCUAUCGAGAAUGAGCUGGGCAAGGAGGCGCGCCUGGUGUUCUGCCAGGGUUGUGAGGUGAUCCCGGAAGCCUUUUUGGCUGAUAUGGAGGAGUAA